AAAAAACAAAAAAAUAAAAAGACCGUAAAAUUUUAGAGCGACGGACCUCCGACUAAGCAAGAAAUAAGACGAAACCCAAAAGAAUCCCCAAGUUUCUAAGAUCCGUAAAGAAAGAACAGAGCAGAAACCAAGAGAACAAAAAGUCCAGGGAAGUCCGAGCAAUGCCUUCCCGAAGAAGAGCUCUUCUGAAGGUCAUAAUCCUCGGUGACAGCGGGGUUGGAAAGACCUCCUUGAUGAAUCAAUAUGUUAAUAAGAAGUUUAGCAAUCAGUACAAGGCAACCAUUGGGGCCGACUUUCUAACAAAGGAAGUGCAGUUUGAAGAUAGACUCUUCACUUUACAGAUAUGGGAUACUGCUGGGCAGGAAAGAUUUCAAAGCUUGGGUGUUGCUUUCUACCGUGGUGCAGAUUGUUGUGUUCUUGUAUAUGAUGUGAAUGUGAUGAAGUCAUUCGAGAAUUUGAACAAUUGGAGGGAAGAAUUUCUUAUUCAGGCGAGCCCUUCAGACCCAGAAAAUUUCCCAUUUAUUGUUUUGGGAAACAAGGUUGAUGUGGAUGGUGGAAACAGCAGAGUGGUUUCAGAGAAAAAGGCUCGAGCUUGGUGUGCCUCAAAGGGGAAUAUUCCGUACUUUGAGACCUCUGCAAAGGAGGGCUUUAAUGUGGAAGAAGCUUUUCAAUGCAUAGCAAAGAAUGCCCUGAAGAGCGGAGAGGAGGAAGAGAUAUACCUGCCAGACACCAUUGAUGUUGCAAGCGGGAGUCAGCAGAGGUCAACAGGGUGCGAGUGCUAGAUAUAUUGGUCUGAUUGUUAGUGAAGUAUGUGCUUUGUUCACUCACUGCUGUCACGCGAGACAUGAAUGAGUGUUAUCUAUUGGUUUUUUGGAUUUUUACCAUUUUAAUGUCUCCAUUCAACUGUAACUGUAAUGUACUGUUUGUGCAGGAAAUAAACGUCUCUUAGUGCUUGCUUGGAUUUGAUUGUUUGAUGACUCUGUGAAUUCUUGUUUAGUUUAAAAGUUGCCACAUUUGGCUAUUAUUUGAGUA